AUGGCGGUAUUCAGCUUGAAUUCCGACAAACAGUUCAUCCAGACUCACCAUCCGUCUCCAUACAUUCAUGUCUACGAAUACAAGGGCGAUCCGAACGUGUUCGAGAUGAUCCAUGCCCAGGACUCGAGCUUUCGCCUUCCUCCAACCAGAAUUGCAGUUCCCCUUUCCCCUCUCCGUGGAGCGGUGACAGAGUUCGACGAGCUCGAGGUAUUCGGGGUGACCAUCCGAGGCAACCAGCUGGUACAGCUAUUCAAUGAUCUGACCCUCACCCACGCAAAUGGCAAGACGUUUCCUCUCCUGGUCAACCGUCAGGGCCUCUGUUUCCUGGAAGUCGGGGGCCAGCCGGUUAGACGGCUGAGGAUCAACGACCAUUUCGGGUGGAGCAAGUAUGGGGUCGCGCCCAGGAUUUGUACGAUAUGGAGCGUAUGGGACAUGAACAAUGGUGCUGUUCUCGUCGCGCCUCCGGUCGAGGAGGAUGGUUGCGAGUCCAUGCUGAGGAAGAUGUUGGAAGAGAGGGACAAGGAAGUGGCUGCCCUCAAGUCCGCCAUGAAAGCACUUUGCCACGAAUAA